AUGGUCACGGCCACCAGGACAAGGGUAUGAUUUAUUCAUCUCCGUUCCGCAAUAUCACUCUUAUUUGGCUUCGCAUAUCCCCGAUCUCAACCGACGGAGGUCAAUCCCGGCUGCUCAAUUGCGCGGUGCUGUGGACUCGAGUGCGGGAUACCAAAUAAAGGACCUAGGUGCAGCUGUAUCGCAGUAAAUCAUCUUAAAUGCAAUGGUAAAUGAUGGAGCGGAAAAAGCAAACACGAGAAGGAUGUCAAUGCUCCACAGGUGUUAUCUGUUGGCCUGUUGGUUGUGACAGAAGUAUUAUUCACGUUGUAGGGGUGUUCACUGACCAGACACUUUUCAUUUUUACUGAUAUAUAUAUAAGUUUCUGAGGAAGUUAAUUAUAGCGAGGUGGGCUUCCACAAUGCCGUAUUAGCAAGUACCAUAAUUGCGCACAUUCGCCUUACGCAACGGCCUGGCCGGUCGCCUGCGAACCUUUCGCGCUGAGCCGGACACACCACUGCCAGGAGCCCCGUAUGGGUCUAUUCGGUCACGUGGUAUUCACGGCAGCAGAAUUCCGCGCGACAUCGACACACCAGAUUGGUGCUAUUAUCUCUGACGAUGGACUCCUGCACGAAUUCGAGAGCUCAGAACAAUAAACAAAAUGUUCCGGCGCUCGACCACCCUUUUUCGCGCCAGGCAUACCCUACACAACCAAGAACUCUCCCAUCCUCUAACCAGCCAAUUCCCCAUCCACAAACGUGGUCACUACUGACAGCAUAACCUUCCCAACCGACUCAGCAACUCCUGAUCUACCCUGCUCACGCUGCCGCCGCACAUUCAUUUCACGCAUGGGCCUGGUGGGUCACUUGCGAAUCCGCCACAUGGGGACUGGUGAACCAGUGCCCAGAGGACAAACAUACACUCGCCCUUAUCGCUUUAACUGCCCGCAUUGCCCUCGCCCAUUUAGCGAUCGCAUUUCCAUACUCAGUCACAUGCGUCUUCACAGAAAUCUGCGGUAAAUACCAACUGUCUAGACCACAUCACCGCACAUUCGUUUACCAACAAAUGCACCCACCACGAACACCAAAUACCACACAUUGCAGGCACCUCCCAUGUAAGUAAUAAGUGCGAGAUUCGACUCCUUCUCCAAAUGUUCCUCUGCUACAUGUGAAAUCUGGGCAGUCCACUUCCUGUGCGGAAUCCUAAGAUAUGCGCAUGAAAGCCAGGUCGCGUGUGUGGUACGCGCAGACAGGCCGCCUCUCCCAAUUUCAGCACUAGUUUAUUGACCGGCUCGGGCAGUUGGCUGGUGCACAGGAAUGGAUAGAACGAAUGAGAAUAUCUUGGCCCUGAGGAUUGUCGCACCAACCUAGGCCUAAUGUGAGACCCUGGCUACCACGAGCUUCAGGCUCGGUCCCGAAUGGAAAGAGGGGAGCAAGACGCCAGUUAGGAAGGUGAUUUAGUCUGUGCAGACUAACUAAGGAAGGCUUGCAGCCAGACGAGAACACUUCUGACGCCAGGAGAACGACGUCCCAAGUGUCCGUCAGGAAAGGCGUAAAAGCGUCUUAAGCCUGGGUAGGUCCGACUCGACCUUGAAUCUGAUUGGUCAGUUGGAAUACCGAGUGGGCGAAUGCUAGAUAGCCCUGGUGCGUACGUGCAGACACUCGCGAGAGGCCCAGCGUUUUGACUGGCGCUCGGCGUAGGGCCACUACAAGGUUACCAACUGAUGAUUCAGUUCAGACCACGCACUCAGGCGGACUGGUGAGCUGAGAGCCAGGCUGAAGCGGCGCCUUCUUAAUGUGACCUACGGCACUGUCACGCAUGUGGGAGGUACGCAGCUCAACCCCCGUUGUGUGAAAUCCAGGUGCUUGUGUUUGAUGGGCCAGGUCGUGAGUGUGGCGCGCGCAGGUAAGAUCACUAGAUAUGCCAGCCACCGCGCCAAUUCCCUACACCAGUCAACUGACCGGCUAAGAAUGGGAGGAGACAUUAAAUUCGACGGUCACAGCGCAUAUUCCGCACUGUAGGCCACCUUACAAACUUGAAUCUUUCACGGUAUGUUAAAAGCCAUGAGCUUGAAGGCCUCCGAUUGGAGGGAUAACUUGGAGCUCGCACUGGAAGAUAGAUAGACAGGCUCCAAUGGCUCCUUCAUUAUUUGGUCUCUAUAGCUUUCCCACUCGGUGGGAUCCGUACCGGGGAUAGGGUGGCACACCUAGGUACGGGUCUCUGUUGCGCCAGCCAUCUGCACGCCCCCGCUUCUGGUGUUUUCGACCUGGUCAUAACCGCAGGUCCAGGUGAUGGGGAAGGCGAGAGUGCAGUAAAUGCAGAGCAAGUCCGAUAUCACUACAAACUACUUCCCAUGCCAGUCACCGUCCCUGCUCUCACCCUCUUCUGAAGCACACGAUGGACAUAGUCGGCAACGAACCGUCCAACUGUUGUCAUCCUUGCAUUUAUCUGGUAAUAAUAUUUCGUAAACAGAAGACUUCCAUGGACGUUUACUGAUCCCCCUACAAUGUUUACCGACUGAGCUUUGUAUUGUCCAAAAUAUACUCAAGGGUCAGAUAUGGUUCUGUAGCCGCGCCUAAGAUAAACAAACCCCAACCGCCUGUAAUAGGGGACCGGUAGUGAUAGGGCUUUUUACAGGUGGGUCCGGGGGAAGAACAGGCGACGAGGUCAAGUAAUUGUAUGCAAAAGAAAAGCCAUUGAGGAUCCGUUGUUGUACUUUAAGUGGUUGAGAAAUAGUUACCCUAACCCCAGACCCUAACCGUAAGCCCUAACCCCUAACCCCAAACAGUAUUGCGUCCAUCAGGAGCGGCUGCGUAACCUCAUCUUACCCAUUCACGCAGCAUUUGAAGUCCGCUUCUGGGUCGUACAUACCCCUGCACUCCACGUAGCGGGAUACUUGCGCUGCUGUCACGGUUGGAAGGAUUUACCUCGCACGAGCCCCUGUCCCACAGUAAAGAUUUCUCGGCAAUGCGACUCCACCAAUUCGUCUAUAGCAUCCACAGUUCCACAGUAAUCACCGCCGAAGCUCGUUUUGGAGAAGAGACGGAAUGAGGCCAGUAGAGGUUGUGUAUUCCGUACGGAUGCGAGUGGGAAUGAGGAAUCGUCGUAUGAGAAUCGAUCAGUGUUAACUUGGCCAGUUGAUUGGAUGAUAUGCGAACUUGUGGAUGUCUGUGAUUGGCUGUCCUUGAAGGUCGCUCUGGAACCGGUGUAGGCGUCGGAAACGAAGGGGUUGAAGCGUUACAUGCCUGGUUUUUAUGAAUAGAAAGGACGUGAGAAUAUUCACUGACGGGAGUGAUCAGUCAUAACCUCCACUCAGCCCAGAUCACUUGUUUCGGGUUUCGCCAAUCUGCUGUCAUACAGGCGUUGACGCAACAGAAGUUCCUUUUAAGGUAAGCGUGUCAUCGAGCAAGUAACUGCAGGCACGCCCGCCUUAACUACGGAGGCCGCCCUCCGCAAAGUUACAUGGGAGUUGUAGUCGUCAUCCUGGAUGGACUGCAAGACGAAAUACGACGGCCACUCUGCUGUAGGUGUUUUUUUCUUCGCAACUGGCGAUACCGUCUCCUGGGGACUACUCUACGGCUCGACACUCCAUUUAAAUGUCAGCUUAAUUGUAAAAAAGAUUUAUGUUAAUAUAACGUUUAACUUUGGGGCAUAUUUAUAGUUUUCUAAUAAAUAAUGCCGCAUUUCCCAUCGCUUAUCCUCCUUCGUUCAGAUGUUACUUGACUACCAUGAGGUUUGGAUUGAUGGGGACCACAAAUGGGGACUUCCGGUUGUCGCGUUCAUUGGCGGUCUUCCAAAUCGCAAGACAAUAAAACUGACGGCGGGUGCAACUGAGGUGAGUUUGAAAGUAGUUUCUCCUGGCCUACAGCCAGGAUGCGUUGUGUUUCAUCGCUUCUCCUGUGGAAUCUGGGAACUGUGAAACACAUUUUUGCGUCUCCCAUAAGGUGCCCCUCGUGGGCCUGUUUGGCUGCGUGGAUGAAUUCAACUUGGCCGGACACAACUUCGACGUUGCAUUGUCCAAGCGACCCAAGUGUCCUCAGUGCUUUGUUCUGGACUCCAACGCUGCUCACGUGAUGCCUCAGAUGGCCAGUUUCCUAAACUCAGGACAUCGCAGACUGAUCCCGAUGAACUGUAAGCCCUGAUUCCAUUAAUCCUCCGGACUUCCCAGAAUUUUUAUAAAUCGAAUAAAUCCAAUGCACUUAGCAGUCCCGGUUGGUGUCCUCGAUAUAGUCGUGGAGGAUUUGCAAUCAUGAGCUAGAAGGGCGAAGUUUUAAGUCGCGGACUGGUGGGCUGCUCGUUCACCAUGUCGUCCAGACGAUAUACUACAUAUAUAUAUUACUAAAACAAAGUGGGUAGCAUGCAUAUAUGUACUUAUUGUGAUCUUGCUUGGAUAACUAUUUGGUGACGCGCCUGUAACCCGAGUCUUCACCUGAUGCGCACUGUUCUCGCCAUGCUGGAAAAUUAUAAAUGCGUUGUUUGAGAGCACUGACCGUCUUCGCUUGAAACAGGGCGACGGGAGAGAGUGCAUGUUCACUUGUUUGUCGGUAGCCUGGCCAAUGUAGCCUUGGAAACGCCCCUCGUCAGAAGAGUCACUUCGUCAUUACGCGAGUGAUUUUUUUCGAAUACUUAUGCAGUUGUCAGCGACUUCAACCUUAUUAUAGGGCACGUCGUUAGUAAGUUCAGCGGUAGUUGUCGUUUUCGCAAAGGAGACUGCCCAUGUCUAUGCAAUCGACUCCCGCCAGGCCAAACUCGAGCACGCGAACCACAGCCAGCCAGUUGUUGAGAUGUUCAGUUUAGCAGUAGCUAUCUGGUCAGAAGGCAUCCCAUUAGCUGAUGCAGCAUACCAGUUUGAAAAUUCGGAAUUAUGCCGGACUGUGGCAGGUUAAGAUUUACUGCAUAGCAGACCUAUGACUGUCGCCAGUUUCUGAGAGCAAUCAAUCUGACAUAUGCGUGACCAACCAAAGCUAAAGGUUUAACCACCAAAUCGUCAACGACUGCCUAUUCUUCAGACCUAAAGGAUUCUGAUUUUCGAAUUUAGCCUUUACUAGGGGUUAUUCCAGUAACCGCCACCUACAUGUCAUUGGGGUAGUCCUCAGUUCAUGCGGUCUCCGGAGUUCAUCUUCCACCGAUAGAUAAAAACUUCGUACGCGUGAUAAAUAACUGGUGUAGAGCAAGGUGUUCUAGUGUCGGAAGUUCGUAAGUCCAACCCUAUGCCGAUCUACGUCAGAUCUUGCUAGCAACCUUGCAGAUCCGAGUACUUGCGUAUUAGCCAACAGAACAGGGACAAAUACGAAUACACUAUUCUCUGCCAGUGCUAUCGAAGCCUGCAUUGCAGUAUAUUUCACGUCCCUUUCUAGUCCAACCUAUCAACAAUGCUAAACUUCGUUGGAGACUAUCUUUUGAAGUGCUCUACAAUCCUGGAGAGGUCAGCGAAGUGAGCUUGUUUGUGCUGGUCUUCCGAUCGCCCGCCGAUGAGAGCGAAGCUCGUCUCUGGAUCCACCUGAAACGGCGAAAGGUAAGACUGCCGCUUUUUAAAGCAACAUCUCUCUCCCCCCUCCCCUCUACCCUCACCAAGACCGGCCAGCCCCGACUAAGGUCUUUGAGUUCGCGUUGAUGAGAGAAAGUUGUAUAUUUGGUGUCCUGACGUCUUUUGCCGCUACGGUAGCUUCCUGUCUUCAUGACGCCUUGGUAAAUUGCUGAUCAUCUAUCGGCUUCCGUAAGUUACCUCCCAGGAUAACAUAAAUGGGAGAAAGUCGCAUAUUUGGUGUCCGGACGUCUUUUUUCGUCUUUCUUUACAGUAGUUGCCGUCUUCGUGACACUUUGGUAAAUUGCCUCCGUAAGCAGCCCACGUGAUAGCACAGACACUGGGGGAGGGGCUAUUGUGCGAGCACAGCAUCGGUAAAUCGCUAAGUUCCAUGUACAGUAGGUGGGCCACCACAUGAAAUGCCAACCGAAAUUCGGAAAUGCGUUUUCGUUUCGGAAAGAUUACUUAAUUAGAGUUGUAGAACUACAGUAGAUGUGCUAACUCAUGAAAUGUCAACCAAAAUUUCGAAAUGCGUUCUCGUUUCCAAAAGAUAAAUUAAGUAGUGUUGCAAAACUAAUCAUGAUGCAGCAUAAAUCUAUAAUGAUCCAGUUACCUCAGGGUGUCGGCUUUCGAAAGAACUUAUUUUCGGCUGCAUGCGACACCUAUACUCUGCAAAAAAUGACUACUUAUGUAGUAUGCAAUUUUCUCAUUGAUUUUCGAUGCCCUUGAAAAUUCAAUUAUAUUUCAUGGAAAACAGGCAUGAAAUUAUUCAUUCUUUUACUUAUUCGGUAGAAAAUCACGUCUUCUUCCAAUUUCAUACUCAAAAGAAGAGUAUAAUUCGGUUUUAAAAUAGUUCUUAUUGUGAGAUUUUUUAAUACCUUUACAUGGCCGUUCAUGAAACGUCAAGUAUCUGCAUUUACAAAUGUGGCUUGUAAGGUUAACAAUAUUGCUCAAAUCCACUGCUUAAUUUUAUGAACCUCAUAUGGUCUCCUCUUAACACCGUAGAGAAAUGCAUGGUUUUCCGUACACGGAAAAUAUACAGCUUGUAGUUUUGAAACCCUGAAUGCAAGUGUAACAGCAGGUCGGGUUCAAAAUUAUUCGAAAAUUAAGAAAGUUUUUUAAAACCAAAUUAUACUCUUCUUUUGAGUAUGAAAUUGGAAGAAGACGUGAUUUUCUACCGAAUAAGUAAAAGAAUGAAUAAUUUCAUGCCUGUUUUCCAUGAAAUAUAAUUGAAUUUUCAAGGGCAUCGAAAAUCAAUGAUAAAAUUGCAUGCUACUUAAGUAGUCAUUUUUUGCAGAGUAUAGAUCUUGCAUGCAGCCGAAAAUAAGUUCUUUCGAAAGCCGACACCCUGAUAAUCAAAUUAUAUUUCAUGGAGAGUAUGCAUAAAAAUAUUUACUCUCUUGCUCAUUCAGUAGAAAAUUACGUCUGCUUCCAAUCUUAUACUCGAAGGACGGGUAUACUUUGAUUUUCAUAAACUUUUCCAAUUCCCGAAUAGUUUUGAACACGACCCGCCGUUACACUUGCAUUCAGAAUUUUCAAACUACAAGCUAUACAUUUUCCGCGUACAGCAAACCAGGCAUUUCUCUACGGUAUUAAGAGGAGACCAUAUGGGGUUCAUAAAAUUUAGCAGUGGAUUUGAGCCAUAUUGUUAACUUAACAAGUCACAUGACAUUUUAUGAACGGCCAUUUCACGGUAUUAAAAAAUUUCUCAAUUGGAAACCUUUUUGAAACCGAAUUAUACCCUUCCUCCGAGUAUAAAAUUGGAAUAAGGCGUACGUUUCUACCGAAUGAGCAAAAUAAUGAAUAUUUUUAUGCAUGCUUUCCAUGAAAUAUAGUCGAAUUUCUAAGGGCAUCGAAAAUUAAUGAGGAAAAUGCAUGAUACGUAGGUAGUCAUUUUUUGCCAAGUGUGGUUUUUGCAUGCAGCCGGAAAGAGAUUCAUCCGAAAGCCGACAUCCUAAGGUAAGCGAAUGAUUAGGGAAUUAUGCUGCAUGAUAAUUAGUUUAAUAACCCUGCUUAAUUAUUCUUUCCGAAACGAAAACGAAUUCCGGAAUUUCGGUUGACAUUUCAUGAGUUAGCACAGCUACCGUAUAAUUAUUUCGAAGAAGUCGCGGAGAGGCCGAGACAACAGCCCUUUCGGGUUUAGCUCUUAACUCAGGCACACCGCUGAGCAACUAUUUCGGAGUAAACAAGUUUCGCUUUUCAUCUAAUCUUCAUGGAGCCCGACCGAGCGAAUCGCGAACUACUGCUUGGUGUAAACACGCGCUCGCUGAUCGGAAACUUAUGUUCGGGCGACGCUGUUUGUCACAGAUCAGGCGUUUCAAGGGCAUCCCAUCUAUCCGAGUGGAUAUCCAUCAAAACAGCCAACAGGUCAGAUAACAUCAGAAGAUUUUGUGGACCACCAAUCGGAAAACUGGUUUGAAUUCGUGACCUCCUGUUGAGCAUUGAUCUGCCCAGCAUCUCCCUCGGGUUCUUCUGAUAAGCACUCGCAGAUCAUGGUGCAAAAUGAGCACACGCUCAUUUUCAGGGAAAAUGCCUACACAGCGUGCCAAACGGAUGUUUUGGGAAGUAGGGCCGCCUGGAGCCCUUUCUGAUAAACUUCGACGCGCAGGAUACAGGUUAUGUGGAAUUUAGUAGUGUACGGUUCCACGGGCGUGCCACCAAUGCCCGAAGCCAGGCAAGUUCAACGCGAAGGCGCCUUCUGCAAAGCCGCCUUUUCCAAAUUGUGAUGGUCGACAACGCGAUGAUUACCAGAUCCACAGGCAGGGAGGCAGAAUUGAUUGAACAGGCCUUACUGAGGCGGAGAAGCGUACAGGCAGUCGAGCAGGCCGUUGAAAACAAGUCGUCUCACCAGGCAAAUGACAGCCGUCGAACUUUAUGGUCCCGUGGCGAAGCGUGUGCACGCGCCUGGGAUUUGUCCGCUUCCAACCAAUCAACGAAGUACCCAACGAUUAUUGGUCUCCGGCUCUUGCUACGCCAAUGCUAAGUUACGAACGGCUCGGACGAUCGACUGACUGGCCGCGCUGGCGGUGGCGGAAACAGACUGCCAUAACUUCACCUUAUCUCAGGUACACUGAGCUUCAGAUAGUCAACUGACCUCAGCUCGCAGCCGUACAUCUCCCGCUUGAAGACAACACCUCUAAGGCAGUGCAACUCACAGGUCGUCGCCUCGCCAGUGGCCACCGUAUUCCCUCUUUUCCUGCCAGUCAGGACUUGAUUUGGCGCCUUUUUGACCCUGAAGACACAACCGCCAAAGAACCACGUGUUUGCGGAACGCAGCCACAACACGAUUGACAGUCGGAGGAGAGUCACAUUUCGUGCGUCGCAGGGCCAGGCAUCCGAGCGUCCCGAGUGCGGACAUGUCAGCGUCAGCCUAUGAGUCGAUUGGACACUUCACGUAGCUGUGGUUGGCCGAAGAGCAUAGAUAGCAUCCCGGUUGCAGUCAUUGGUCGGACGUGGAUAGGACCUCAUACGGAGCCUCUGAAUGUUGGGAAAAACGAUUGCUGCCGAUGCGUACGUACAGACAUGCGCCAGAAGGAGACACAAUGUCGCAGCAGGCCACGGGGAAGGAUCACUACAAGAUCCCUCCUGAGUGCUGACGUUGCUCUAAACAUCGUUAAAAUGACAUUCAUAGAUUCUAGAGAGACAUCCCGUAUGUCCUCUGUUUGCCAGAAGUUAGUAACGUGACCUAGCUCAUUCAGCCGCUCUCGCUGAUGUUUGGGACUGGUGCUCGUUUGUAAGGCACAAUACUACUCACUGCAGACGUUCCAAUCAAACUGCCUUGGUUCGAGCAGCCGAUAGGCUUGAGAUUGGCAGAUUGUGUAAGUAGGAUCUAUACCGAGACCUGUAGAACACGUCUUUAGACUUUCUUAAGUCCAAUAAUCCGGAUAGUUACAGCCACUAAACACAGCUCUUGAAGGUUUUGAUUUGAAGAGGCACCUUGUUUCAGUGCGCCAAAAAUACGACCUGUAAAAAACUUUGUCAGAACGGUCAAGAGUAAUUUAUCAUCACUCUUAAUUCCUGCGACUGCUUUUUUCACCCCGAUUCUAAUUGCAAUAGACCGGUUUAUUGCUUAUAUUGGUGACCCCGACGUGAAUUAAAAAUGCAACCUUUUGGUGCAUUAAGACAGGGUCGGCAAUAGCCGCGUUCUCAGUUUUCCUUGCGAAUCACACAUAUACUCCCUGCUCACCUUCUUAGUUGCAGAUUGUAGCAGAUUUUUUCCAGUUCUACUCGCGACAGGCCGGUUUAUUGCUUAUAUUGGUGACCCCGACGUGAUUUAAAAAUGCAACCUAUUGAUGCGCUGAGGUUAAAAUCAAAAUCGUCCGGAGACAUUGAGACAGGGCCAGCAGUAGUAAUUUAUCAUCACUCUGCAUUUCUGCGACUGUUUUGUUUUAUCCCAAUUCUACUCGCGAUAGACUGGUUUAUUGCUUACACUGGUGACCCCGACGUGAUUCAAAAAUGUGAAUCACACGUAUACUCCCUGCUUCCCCUCUUCCUUGCAGCUUGUAGCUAGCGAUGAGACAGGCCGCGUCACUGCGUCAGUCAGCUUCCCCGUCAGCGAAUACGAACCCACCGCUUGGCACUUCUCUGAAGUUGAUGUCACCUCGGACGACAUGGGUGCCGUGAUGACCGUCAAGAGACAGGGCGAAUAUGACUUCAACGUGCUAGAAACCCCCUUCGCCAGCCUGGAGGCUAUCUACUAUGCCUACGACAACGGUAACCACACCAGUCUUUUGUGCUAGUAAUCACAGAAUACUUCUUUGACUGUCAUUUUAUGACUGCCGCCUGUCUUCUCCUCCUCCACAGUAAUGACACCGGAGAAACUGGCUCAUCUGAAUUGGAACAAUCCAGUGCCACCCUUCACGGGCUGUCUGCGAAAUGUCUAUCUCUCGGUGGAGGAUUCAGUGGGAACUCCGGUGGCGUUCCCUGUCGGUACUCCGAAUAUCGUCCUGGGCGUCUGUCCGCUCUGA